AUGCCCUAUAAUUAUAGGGCUAUUAUAGGGCAAUCUCCCUAUAUCUCCCUUAUCGUUUGUACUUCCUUGUACCUGACAGGGAUUAGCAAUUGUGGCGUGUCAGAGGGUCCUGGAGAAUCUCCAAUCGACAAGGAUGUUGAGUGUCAAGGGGCUACAUGGGAUCUAUGUGGGAAUCAGCCUCAAGUCGCAAGUACCUCUCAAGUUAGGGGGGGAUCAUUGGAGAUUGCAGAAGCAAGGGUCUGUUUUGCGGGGGAUGAUGACCUAGAGGCUAAUCGAUCACUUUUGGGUGACCCCGUGAUACACCCAAGUCCAAAACAAGACCAGGCGAGCCAGGGGAUCAAAGACAAGAGCGGGAUGAGAAGAGACAAAACCUGGAAGAGCCAAGCGAUGGAUGAAUGA